AUGAUUGUCCGCAGCGGAGCCGAUCUCAACACACUGCUGGAAGCCAUCGUCGACACAAACAUCCUUGGUCCCUGCGAUGAGGAAGAGCGUUCGAUGUUCAAACUAGUCCACCCAGAGGCGGAGAAUCAGGAAAAGCACGAGCGAGACAGAGAAGGAUCGAAAAACCCAGACGGAACAAUUCCCCCAUCGGACAACAUGUUCGGAUUCUGGCUCCCACAUGGACUUAGCUCCGAUCCCAAGAUGCGCGCUGCCGAGAUUGCCUCCUGCGUGCAACGAUUCGACGAGAUCGAGGAUGCUUUCUGCAUGGUGGAGGGAGGAGAAGAAGUCCGUGAGAUUAUUGGACGCCGCUGA